AAUCCCUGGAAGAACCACCGAAAGAACCACUGAAAAAUGACGAAGAAUCCUUGAAAAACCCACCGAAAAACGACGAAGAAUCCUUGGAAACCCCACCGAAAAACGAUGAAGAAUCCUUGGAAGAACCACCAAAAAAUGACGAAAAAUCCUUGGAAGAACCACCGAAAAAUGACAAAGAAUCCUUGGAAGAACCACCGAAAAACAACAAGAAUCCUUGGAAGAACCACUAA